AUGAAUGAUAAUCAAAUAAGAGCCGAAGGUAGAAGGUUAUUUAAACGCUUCUAUAACAUUCCUGAUGGUGUUAAUCCUAAAACUCGUAGAAGUUAUUUAAAUGAAGCCAUAGAUGCAUAUGAAGGAUUUGACAUUUCAUCAGAAAGUGAGAGGUUAGCAAGAAUGUUAAAUGUUAAUAUUGAUUUCUAUUAUUGUGAUCCUCAACCAGAAGACGUAGACAUUAACAAGGUAGACUUUCCAUUAGUGGAAUCAAUAAUGAUAGAUCCAGAAUUUGAAACAGUAAAUAUUUUAUUAACACAGAGUCCAUGUGGAAAACUUCACGCUGACAGAAUUACAGACGUUGAAGCACUCACAGGAUAUAAAGUUUGCCCCUUUUGCAAAGAAGAAGUAUAUUCUAUCCGUGAUGAUCCAGAAAGGAAAAACCAAAGAAGAUUUUUAAAGCAUUGUGAGAAAUGUAAAGAAAAUAAUGGGAGAUUAAUUCAAGACGUUCAAUUGCAAAAGACCCAACAACCAUAUGCACCACAUAUUAUGAAACAGAAGAUAUAUCAGUGGUUAUUAGCACAUAAUUUGCAGGGAUAUUAUAAACCAACAAGAUAUUAUAUUACUUUUGACUUCGAAACAUUAGAGACUAAAGAAGAACUUCAACUUUCUGAAUGUGCAACUUUGAACGCUUACUUAAAACCAUUCAUGGUAUCAUCAACGGUUAAUUAA